AUGAAUUCAAAUUCCCGAUCAACAAUGGAUGAUCCAGACUCUUUCUCCUACAAUCAAUUUGACUCUCAAAGUCAGAGCACCUACAACCAGCCUAGUUCUUAUCAGGGCUACGUUCCAACAUCGAACAACUUUCCACCAACUAAUUCGUCAUCUAUUAACAACUUGGACGAAUCCUUUGCCAACAAUUUACCUAUGGAUGCUGGUCAACCAUACAGUAACAAUCUCUCUCAAGCUACCCAACAUAUGCCUCAACAAAUACAACCACAAUCACAACCUCUACUACCACAACAACAACUGUUCCCUCAAUACCAACCACAAGUUCAACAGCAAGCCCACUUUAAUUCCGAUUUCAACGUGGCCCCUAAUUAUUAUCAACAAUUUUCCACACCAUCCAGCGAAAUUCCCCCUCAAAUAGAUUCCACUGGCAUUUCUUCAAGCAUACCAAUUGCUGGUCAACAGAUUGAAAAUGAUAACAUCUUCGAAAGUCACACAUCAGGCUCUUCGAUGACAACUCAAUUUCCACCAUCAGCUACUACUCCUCAAAAUCAUACCCCUGCUUCAAAGUACGACAACUUUCGUCAUACACCACAUCAAAUCCCUGUUCACCAGCAGCAACAAAUGUAUCCGCAACAUUCUUACCCUGAAUCGAGUUAUAGUAGUUCAAGAAGAGACUCAUUCUCCACAUCCAACCCUAAUUUCGGUUAUGGCAUGGAUCAAUCUAUUCCACCCACACCUCACCAACCACAACGCUUAUCAUUACCUGUGGGUGCAAAGUCAAAUUACUCAGGAACUCCUUCAGUUUAUGAAAGUUCUUCUACCCCAUACUACAGCUACAGUUCGGCUCCCACUUCUGCUACCUACUUGAGCAUGCCUUCGAAGAGUAGGCAAAGUGGUAAAUUGAAGCACGUUGAAGUCAAGCAAGAUAAUGAUGACACACUGACUGCCUUCUAUCCCAGGGCAAGCUACAGGAUCGUAAGAGGUAUUUCUGCUGGUGGUAGCAGUACAAGGCCACCAAAGGAAUCACUUGAAUCAGACUCUGUCUUUUUGCCUGUCGAAUUAUCCAUUAACGGUGCUUCAAUGGAGGAUAUUUGCAAACCAAAGUGGAAUCCUUCUGAAAAAAGUGACCGGAGAAGAAUUAUCCGUAUUGAAAGAGUUCAAAACGGUCCUAAUGUUAUCGCCCACUUCAAUAUUCUUGGUUCUGCCGAGGAUAAUCCAGAAGCUCUUGACUCUAAGAAUUCAAAUUCAAACUCUAAGGUAGUUGAAGUUUCAUGUUUAGAAUGUGAUGUGUACCCAAAGUUUAAGGGAGAGGCCCCAGAAAAUGAGUCUGCUACAAGUUCCAGUGAAGAUGAGUAUUACAGUGGCCAAAUGAAUAACGAUAACAAUGGCGGAAAGGCAUUCCAAUAUUAUAUCACUUCUGUUGAGGUUAUUGAGAUCGUGGAGCUUUUAAUUGGUCAAAAUUUCAAGGAUCCCGCUGAAAGAAGACGCGAAAGAGGAAGGGUUAGAUCUAAUUUGGUUCCUUUUUGGUCCAAAAAGCCUAUCAGUUCUCGUAUGAGCGAUUCUCAUGCCGCUGGUGAGAGUGCUUUGCAAAAUAGAAUACAGAUAGCAGCAAGCUACCCUCCAUAUCGUACACCUUCUAAUCACGAAUGCAGGGUGGAGUUAGCUAAAAGAAUUAUGGGCUAUGAAACAAGAAAGCCCCGUGGGUUUGACAAGGAAGUACGUAUUCUCAGGUGGGAUAAAUUAGUUCCUGCUUUAAGACGAGCAUUACAGAGUUAUUAUGCCGAAAUUCCUCAAGCUGACGCCAUGAAUCAUUUUUAA